CCCACAUGUCUGAUACGGAACUCAUUGUCCUUCCUCUGAAUCUGAAUCUGCUCCUCUUCCUACAUUCCUUGCCAUGUUCUUGUGCAGAAUGGCAUCAAAUGAAGACAAAUACUCACUUCCAGUUAUACAAAAUAACUCCCAUCAAAGCAGUUCUGUCUCUACAGAUCUUCAGGAAGAGUAUGAAGAACUGCUUCGUUAUGCUAUAGUGACUCCAAAUAUUGACUCCAGUGUUUCACAGCCAUCUCAUCCUAAGGGAGAAGCGCCAGAUGCUAGAAUUCCUACUACAGUUGAUAAUAUUCUUCACAAUCAAGCAGGAAGUAGCUCUGUAGUAAGAGAAACUGCAAUGGAAAGUGGAAAAGGAAGCGACUUAAAUAUUUCAAGUCAUUCAAAGGUGGAUGGGUCAUCGCCAUUGUUAUCACCAAGGAAACCUUCUCACCCAGUCAUGGAUUUUUUCAGCUCACAUCUCUUAGGUGACUCUUCUUCACCAGCAACUAAUUCUACCCACAUAGAUGCCCAUGAAAUAAUUGCAGGUGAUUGCUUUGUUUCUGAUGAAAACCUUCAGAGGAUGGAGAAUGUCCUCGAUCUGUGGAGUUCCGGUCUUAAGACAAACGUUAUAUCUGAACUAAGCAAAUGGAGACUUAAUUUUAUUGACUGGCAUCGAAUGGAAAUGAAGAAAGAGAAGGAAAAACAUGCAGCACGUGUAAAGCAACUGUGCAGCCAGAUCAGUGACUUGAAGGAGCUGCAGAAAACCUUUGAAAUUUCCAUUGGGAGAAAAGAUGAGGUGAUUUCUAGUUUGUCUCAUGCCAUCAGCAAACAAAAGGAAAGGAUAGAGUUGAUGCGAACAUUCUUCCGCUGGCGGAUUGGCCAUGUCAAAUCCAGACAGGAUUUAUCCGGAGCUUUGGAAAAUGCAAAAGCCGAGAUUCAGAGAAUGCAACAAGAGAAAGAGCACUUUGAAGAUUCCAUGAAGAAAGCGUUCAUGAGGGGAGUAUGUGCAUUAAAUCUAGAAGCCAUGACUAUAUUUCAAAAUAGAAAUGAUGCCGGGACAGAUUUCACAAAUAAUAAAAAGGAAGAGUAUGGCGCUGGUGUUCAAGGAAGAGAACACUCUGCCCCCUUGGACCCUUCGGUGGCCCCGGUGCCCUCAGCGCUGACCGGACAGCUGCUGCCGUCCCCGUCCACAGGGGCAGUUGGAGCCCCCGGUGCCACUGCCAUGCCCUCUGCCGCUUCUGCUUCCAUGACGUCUGCUGGGGCUGCUUCUGUGCCCUCUGCUGGCACUCGCAUUCCUGCUUCUGCUCUUUCAGGGGCGGCAUCUACUGCUGAAGAAAUGUAUGUGCCAAGAGUUGUGACUUCAGCACAGCAAAAAGCUGGAAGAACAAUUACUGCCCGGAUCACAGGCAGAUGUGAUUUUGCCUCAAAAAACAGAAUUAAUAGUAGUUUAGCUAUUAUGGGAGUUUCUCCUCCCAUGAGCUCAGUUGUUGUGGAGAAACAUCAUCCAGUCACAGUGCAAACCAUUCCCCAAGCGACUGCUGCAAAAUAUCCUCGGACCAUUCAUCCUGAGAAUAGUAUCUCUGCUUCCAGAUCUCUCGGAACAAGAUCAGCCCACCCACAGUCUCUCACAAGCAUUCAGUCCAUAAAAGUAGUUGACUGACAUGAAUAUCUCACAAUGAGGUCUUUUAACUCCUUUGUUUUACCAAGGGUUGGAAGUCUUUAGUUUUUAACAUUUCCAUAUUAUUAGAACAUUGUGGAUAUAUCAUGUCCACCUCAAAAUUACAAAAGACUUUUUCAAGCUGUAACAUCCUUUGUAACUAUAUGUAGAGAUUACUUUAAUGUUAUUUUUUAUUUAAGCAAUUAAGUAAAACUUUUUAAAUUAAAAAAAAAUUUUAAUAUGUUUAGUCUGUCAUUGAUUGUAGCAUCAAAGUAUAUAAAUCCUGUUUCCUGUACAUUAUUUCUAAAAAGCUAAGUUAUUUCCAAUGCUACUGAACUAUAAUUUACUUAAAAAUCUGAGAAGGAGGGUUGGGGACUUAGCUCACUGGUACCAUACCUACCUUGCAAGCACAAGGUCCUGAGUUUGAUCCCCAGUACCAAAAAAAAUAUUUGAGAAGGAAUUUUACUUUAAACAUAUUAAAGUCAGUAGAAACUAAGAUAUUUUUGCAUUAAAAAGCUAAAGGCCAAGAAUGUUUUUAUCACAGUUUUUUGUGACUUACUAUCUUCAUUUUUGUGUGAUAAUUAAAAAUAAAGAGAAAUAGCAAUGCCUAUGGAUAAUUUUUAAUGCUUAAAAGAAAGGGGGAAAAUGUUUAAUAGCAUAAAAAUCGAGUUGUGAGAACAUCAAAAAGAAAUUCCUGUUAGAAUGACCCUUUUUCUGAUGUUCUUUCUGACCUUGUUUCAGACUAUAGCAUCGAACUAUUCUGAUAUCUGUGUGUACAUCCAAACUUGUCCUGUGGUGGUAUAGACCAGGCAACUAGAAAGCCUAGGCCUGAGCAGAAACUGUUUGGUGACUGGCCAAGAAAAAGAAACCAUCUGGGCAGGACUGAUUUAGAAGAAAGAGGCCUCCCCUUCCAGUGGUUUUUUUGGCCAAAUAGUGAACUGUAAGACCCUCAUCUCUGAAGAGUAAAAUCUACCCACCCUACCUAUUUCAUGUUGUCCUUCUAGAGUACAUAAAAACGAAUAGAUCUUGGGGUUAUGGGGUACAGAUUAGUGAUAAAGCACUUGCCUAAAAUGCACAAAGACCCAAAUUCAAUCCACAGCACUACCAAAUAAAUAUAUUCAUUCUGAAGAAUCUAGGUAUCUUCAACAAAAAGGGAUGGGCUUAAUAACCUGAAAUCUCUUCCAACUUAAACAUGAUUUAACUCUGCUGUAGUUGAAUUGAAAAUAAUUUUUUUGGCUGCCUCACAUUGGUUAACAGGACAUCAGCAAAUAAAUGUGAUCAAGGCAAACAAAAUCACACUUUCUAACAUGUCACUAGGACUUUUCUGAAAUUUAGAAGUAUCAGGCUGUUUCUUAAGGAGUGCGAGGUGCUUCACUGCAUUGCUCUGGGCUCUGGCCCAGCUGCAGGGUGGCAAACAGUUACACGCACAUGGGAGCUUUGUGUGAGCAUACACAGGCCUCUCCUCACCCCUGCUGUGGUCACAUCCAACCUCCCUCCCGCUGGAGCUGUGAGAGACCCUGGGAUUGUGCAACCCGGAGUGAACACCCCACAAUAAUAAGCAGAACAGUCCUCCGGCCCUCACUGUGAACUGUCCUGGGACUGCUGGUCCAUCCUGUGUCCAGCAAAAGCAUCUUCAAGACCAAAAGUGAAGCUGAGGACCCAGACAGAGGUGGCCACUUUGUCCUGCCCUCAUCCAGUCUCCUUGCCUGGAUCACACCCUAUCCCCUUCACUCCAGAUCCAGGAUUUAUGCACCUGAAAGAUGUUACACGUAAGCCAGGGUCUCAGGCUUCACUUCCUGAGGACUCCAGACUGCAGUGAGGAUGGCUUUCAGUGUCCAAGCCAAGGCCAUAUGGACUAAAGCAAAUACUAUGAAUACUAUAAGCAUCUUUUUAUCUGUAAGCUCUAGAAAUAUUACAUAUUAUCUAAAGCAUCAAACAGUGUUGGCCUACAUUAACAAAUUCAACAGCUAAAACACUAACCAGCAAGAGUAUGUCUAUACCUGUGCAUGGUGGCACACGCUUAUAAUCCCAGCACCUGGGAAGCUGAGGUGGGAGGCUCAC